AUGGCGUCGAGUCAGGGAGGUGUGGGAGCUGUACCGGCUCUUUCAAACCAUCACUUAUCCAACGGACCUCACUGGAAUCCAGGGAUCAACCAGCAUCAGCAUCAUCUCCACACGACCCGGAGUUUAGACCGCGCUCUGGAGGAUUCCGUGUGCUCAGGAACGUUGAAUCUUAGCGGGAGGAAGCUGAGAGACUACCCUGGAUUGAGCUAUGAUCUUACUGAUACAACACAGGCAGAUCUGUCGAAGAACAGGCUCACAGAGAUCCCUCCAGAGGUGUGUCUGUUCGCCCCCCUUGAGUCUCUCAACCUCUACCACAACUGCAUCAAAUGCAUCCCUGAAGCCAUCAUCAACUUGCAGAUGCUGACCUAUCUAAACAUAAGCCGAAACCUUCUCUCAACAUUGCCAAAAUACCUGUUCAACCUCCCUCUCAAAGUGCUGGUGGUGAGCAACAACAAGCUACUGUCUGUCCCAGAGGAGAUUGGGAAGGCCAAAGAACUGAUGGAACUGGACAUCAGCUGUAAUGAGAUCCAGGUGCUGCCCCCUCAGGUGGGGAGGCUCCGUUCAUUACGGGAACUCAACAUCAGGAGGAACUGUCUUCACAUGCUGCCUGAGGAGCUGGCUGACCUGCCACUCAUCAGACUGGACUUCUCCUGCAAUAAAAUCACAGAGAUCCCUCCUGUCUACAGGAGACUCAGGCAGCUGCAGCACAUCAUCCUCGACAACAACCCUAUGCAGUCCCCACCUGCACAGAUCUGCCUGAAGGGCAAGGUGCACAUCUUUAAGUACCUGAACAUCCAGGCUUGUAGGAUGGAUAAGAAGCCUGACUCUCUGGACCUCCCCUCUCUGGGCAAACGCUGCCUUCCCCAGCCUCUCACAGACAGCAUGGAGGAUUUUUACCCCAGCAAGAACCAUGCUCCUGACUCUGGUAUCGGCAGUGACAACGGGGAUAAAAGACUGUCUGCGACAGAGCCCUCUGACGAUGAUACCAUCAGCCUGCACUCCCAGGUCUCAGAGACGGCCCGCACCGACGCCCUCUCUCUCCUCUCCAAGAUGGACUCAGGCAAAGAUCAGGUACCCUUUGACUUCAUCGAGCCCAACGCAGAGGAAGAUGCUGCCCUGUCAGACGGGCAGCAGAGUGGACCCUACAUCUCAUGUAUAAAGGAAUUGGAGAAGGUCCUUAACAAGUCACACCAAAGCAAAGAUAAGGAGAACUGGAAAGAGGAGUCUGGCUCUGAAAAAGAUCAGCUAGUUGAGGAGGAUGAGGAUGAGCUGAAGGAAGUGCUGGACCUGAGGAAGAUCGCUGUCCAGCUCCUGCAGCAGGAGCAACAGAACAGACGACGGUCCUUAAUUUGUAGAGCAGAGAGUCUAAUUCAUCGAAGGAGGGUUGCCGGCCGAGCACACAGGUUCCUCAGUCACACUGGCAGCUCCAGCAGCAAACAGAGGUCCCCCUGCCAGGCCACCCGCAGUGCCUCUCUGGAUGAAGGGAGCAGUGGACCGUCAGUGCUGAGUGGGCAGGACCCUGACUUCACAGACGAUGACACAGCUUUCUCUGAGCCGUCCUCUUCCUGCUCUUUCGAUGGCAGUUUAAAGUCAGAGUCUGACACAGAGCCAAAAUGGCCAGAGGUUCCACCCGUACUCAACCAGAACGAGGAACGCAGGAGGAACAAGUAUCUGAGGAAAGAUUAUCUUAAGUACAAGUGCCAGAGUGCCCGAAGAAACUCCAGUGGGAAUGACGAGUGUGAGGAGGGGAUGCGGAAUGCUGAUUUCAGCAGCACCCUCACAGUGUUUGGUCUGAAGCCAAGAUCAGCAUUCUGUCGAAGCAGCCGUCAAGAGUUGUCAGACCCCAGUUUCACCAUGAGGAGGAAGAUGGAACACCUGAGAGAGGAGAUGGAGCAGAUUGGCGUCCUACGGCAGAACCUGGAGUCCAGACUAAAGGUCUUGCUGCCGGACGAUGUCGGAGCUGCUCUGAUGGAUGGCGUUGUCCUGUGCCAUCUGGCCAAUCACAUUCGUCCUCGAUCAGUGGCCAGCAUCCAUGUACCCUCCCCAGCAGUGCCAAAGCUUAGCAUGGCCAAGUGCCGCAGGAAUGUGGAGAACUUCCUGGAUGCCUGUAAGAAGCUGGGCGUGUCACAGGACAAGCUGUGUUUACCCCACCAUAUCCUAGAGGAGCGUGGGCUGGUGAAGGUGGGUAUGACUGUGCAGGCUCUACUGGAGCUGCCGGCCUCCAAGCCCACCCAGCUGUCUGCUGUCUAACGGCAGCCUGGACACUGCCUCAACCACCCACCCAGCCCAGACCAGCCUUCCACAACCCAGCCCUUCACCCCACAGAGGAGGGGGCUUCCAGCCUGCUCCGCUCAUCACCGGGGACCAGGGACCCCUUAGUGGGCGAGGACUGGGGGCUGCAGGGAGUCCAUUGCCAGCUGACUGAGCCAAGAGAGGGAGGGGUUAACUAAGAUCCUCCCACCCUUCCUAUAUGAUGUCAGCUGGGACCCGCCUCCCAUCCAUUGGAUUGUUAGCUACUGUCAUGUCCUCCCCCAGGGGACCCUACUGUACUGUGUGUGUAGCGUACCAGUGUGGCUGUCUGUGUGACCUGUGUGACCUGCACAGUGUGGACUUUAUGAGAGCUGGUGAACCCAAAGCCAGAUCAGAGGUCAGACUAAGGAAUGAAUCACAGUGAAGAUGAAGACCUGUCUGUCCCCAUGGUGAUAUUGAUUGGCCCAUGCUCAGACACUUUUGAACCUAGUGGUGCGAACACUGAAUUCACUGGGUUUUCAACACUCAGUAUUGAAGACAUUGGUAGUGAAGUGAUAGCAGAUUUAAAGGCAUGUACUCACUCUUUCACUCAGAGAACUGAACUGCAUGCUGGCCGAACCAGCCACACCACAUCACUCAAGUGGUCCUGACACCCUGACUUUUCUUUUUAGAACAAAUUAGUUUUCAAAGGGGAUAUAUUUGUAAAGAUCAUUGUGUUAUAUCACAAUAUACCUAUGAUAUCCCAGAGGUAAAGCUUGGGACAUCCUAAGUGGUGCUUUACCUCAGAGGAGCCAGCAGUAGCCAAGCACAGGUAUACACACUUCUUACAGUCUGCAUUUGAGAAUAAUUAUUGUACUGCCAAUAACAGUGCCAUUUGAGGGAAGAAUGCUAAGCUUACUUUUAAAAGCAUGGUAUCCAUGAUUCCGAUUUUCUACUGCAGCACAUCUGUGGUGAAGGGAGGCUGCUCUGAGGUACUUCAGAUGUGGUAUUAGUAGCUCACCCCUGUACGGUAUACGAGAGAGCCAUCCCACUGCCACUGCCAUCCCACUGCUUUGAUCAUACCACGUGUGCUUAUUUGAAUAGGACUUGUUGAAAGCACAUGGUUAUUUAGUUUGGAUAUUGUACCAUAUACACUUAUAAUGCUGAGAUUGUAUCUUUUGGUAAUUUGAUGUAGUGAAACAGUUCUCUUUUAAUGUUGACAUAUUUAUUCUUUACAUUUAUAACUCGCUCCUCUAGUUGGAUUCACAACUGCAAAACGUAAAGUAAAGAACACAACAGAAAUAAUGAGGAAAUCCCAUAGAUCAUCGUUCAUCACCCCAGUCCUCCAGUUCCCCAACAGUACAUAUUUUUGUUGUAACCCUGGACCAACACACUUGAUUCAAUUUGUCAACUAAUCAGCAAGCCCUCAAUGAGUUGAAUCAGGUGAUUAGUCUGGGACUACAACAAAAAGAUGGACUGUUGAGGAACUGGAGGACUGGAGUUGGGAAGCACUGCCAUAGAUGAAUCCGGACCACUGAACUAUUUUAAUCAGGAAAAUGAUUUAUCUAUUUAUGUUUUCUAUUUAUAUGCUUUGUUUGUUUGUUUUUCAGCCCUGACGACCCCUUAAGUUAUGUGACAGGAGUUUGCAGCUCCAAACUGGUGAUAUUUCCCUGCUUUAAGCUUUGGUGUUUGUUCUUGGCCACAGUUUACAUGUUCAUUGUCUCAAAAAGUCUGAUUUCAAUUAACCUCACAUUGCAGGAAAUCUGAACAAUUGUUCCAGAUGCAGUUUCACUUAAAGGAGUUUCAUUUAGUUUCUGUCAGUAAAUGUAGACUUAGUAUUGCACAUACUUCAAAUAUGCUUUUGUGUGGUACAGGAACAAUGGUAUUUUUGUCUGCAAGGUCUGUUUGAUUGAAUCAGUGUUGCUCACUGAUAAAUAUUUAUACUGAACAAAAAUAAGAAACACAACAUGCAACAAUUAUUUACAGUUCAUAUAAGGAAAUCAGUCAAUUUAAAUAAAUUCAUUAGGCCCUAAUCUAUGGAUUCCACGUGACGUGGAAUACAGAUGCAUCUGUUGGUCACCUUAAAAAGAAAAAAGUAGCAGUGUGGAUCAAAAAAACUGUUUGUGUCUGGUGUGACCACCAUUUGCCUAAUGCAGCGUGACACAUCUCCUUCACAUAAAGGUGACUAGACUGUCUAUUGUGGCCUGUGGAAUGUUGUCCCAUUUGCUGGACAUU